GCCAAGGGGGCCUGCACAGUUACUGCGGAGUUGGGAGCGGGUGGGCUCAAACAAACACAUACACAUACACACACACACACAUACACCCCCCCCCCCAAAAGACUAACCACCACCACAACAACGCCAACCACAAUACACCAACUUACUCUCUUUACAUUAUCGACCUCCCCUCCUACUCCUCUCUCCUCCUGAUGCUCCUCAUGUACCCCGCGUCCCCUAUUCUCUCACCACAAUAGACCUCCUGUCUUCCUCCAGUACAAUGGAGGCGCAAUCUGCCGCCCUCCUUGCGGCCCUCAAGAAGCCCUCCACCGUCGUUGACCAGAAAUUAGAACUGUUCAAUGUCCUUAAGUCCGGCAUUAAACACAAUCGCGUCCCCGACGACAGCCAGGCUACCAUAGUCGAAUGCAUUCGCAUUGCCAUCAGCACCACCACUUCUGCCUCCCUCGUUUCGGCUGCCUUCUCCACCCUCAGCCAUCUAAUCAAGCGUCUGGCUCUCCAGAACCAGACCAGCACUAUCACAUCCCAGUUCCAUAUCAUACUGCCUAUACUCCUGGAGCGGUUCGGCGAUGCGCGUGAAAGCCACCGCCAUGCUGCCUCUCAGAUCCUCUCAGAUCUCUGGCCGCUGAGCCAUACUGAGAUAGAAACACUCGUUCGCGAGAAUGCCAUGAAAGGGACCAACCCACGCGCCAAAGAAGCAUCCAUGCAAUGGGUCGUCAAGAUGAACAAGAACGAACAACUCCCCUUCCGCGCCUACGUUCCCCUGCUCGUUGCCAAUCUCGAGGAUGCCGACGCAGGCGUUCGCGAGACUGCAAAGACCUCCGUAGUGGAACUGUUCCGUAAUGCGCCCGAGCACGGAAAGGCGAAUCUAAAGAAACAGCUCGUACACUUCAACGUUCGCAAAACCAUAGCUAACUACAUAAUAUCACACCUCGAGGAAUCGCCCGAGGCAGAGAUGCCACCUCCUCCUGCGCCGGCGCCCACAGCGCGCCCCAUCUCCGCAGCGCGAGCCCAGUCGCUACAGCCAGAUACCGGAUUUGCCGACAGCAUGUUGUCGGAGAUAGCACCGCCAGCGGAGGUCAUUAGCAUGGAUGCUCUUCACAUUUAUACCCAGAGGGAGCUGGAUGACAUUUUCAGGGAUAUGGCACCGCAUUUUGAAGGGAAAGAGUCGGAGCAGAACUGGAUGGCAAGAGACAAGAGUGUUUUGAAGCUUCGGAGGAUUACCAAGGGAAAUGCGCCCACGGAAUUUCACUAUCCUUUCAUAUCAGGUAUCAAAUCGCUUCUGGACGGUAUCUUGAAAGUUGCGAAUACCCUGCGAACGACCAUGGCUACGAACGGCUGUCAACUGGUCCAGGAACUUGCGAAGACUCUGGGUCCUGCCAUGGACCCAUGGGUGGAGAUCCUGUUACAGAGUUUCAUCAAGAUGUGCGCAGCGACCAAGAACAUCGCCGCACAGAACGGUAGCACCACAGUGGAGGCCAUUAUCUCGAAUGUCUCCUACACCCACCGCAUCAUGCAACAUGUUGCCUUUGCCUCCCAGGAUAAGAACGUACAACCUCGUACACACUCAGCAAAUUGGGUCAAGACUCUGAUCCGCAAACACAAGGCACACAUUGAACACUCCGGAGGCCUGGAACAGGUGGAAAAGAUCCUCAAGAAGGGGCUGACAGAUGCUAACCCGAAAGUAAGAGAGUCUUUCAGGAGCACUUACUGGACGUUUGCACUGGUGUGGCCCCAAAAGGCAGAGGCCAUCUACGAGACGCUCGAGAAGAGAGAGAAGAACGGCCUCGACAAAGACCCCAACAACCCCAAUGCUUCCCUCGCCUCAUCGCAAAGUACCGCUCCCUCCUCGUUCUCGAAAUCAGUCGGAGCAGGCGGCGGUGCAGCUCGAAGUACCUUGAAGGAGAAGAUUGCGGAGCAAAGAAGGGCCAAGUUGGCUGCUACCAAAGGACUUCCGGACCGUCCCAAUUCCGCUCAGGCAGCUUACACACCUGCGAAGUCGCAAUCAUCACGGUCACUAGGUCCACGGACUAAUUCGAAUACUUCAGUCACGUCAUCUGGCAACAGGCCUCCUUCGGCCUUGGGAGGCACGACAAAAUCGGCCGUGGGUUCGAACUCGUCAGGCUCACUUCUUGGAGGAACCGUCCGACGACCAACGCGUCCUCGGCCAGAAUUGACUCGUCCAGCAACCGCAGAUCCUUAUGCCAGCCGGCGGGUUGCAAAAACGACGACACCUUCCAUGACACCCGAAAAGACGCCUGCUGCUGCAACCACGAAGAAAUCUACUGUUGCUAAGAGCACAGCCAGAUCUCGAGCGAAUACUCAAAACAGCCCGAACAUCAGCCCCAUCCGGAGUAAAUCCAGGUUAGGGGAAGCCGGACCCACGCAUCGCAAGACACCUAGUGGGAGCUCGCGACAUGGAAGUCCAGCUGUAGGUUCUGGUAAGGACGAAGACCUAACAUUGGUGAAGCCAUUCGUCCGGUCACAGAGUCAUCACGAGCCAAGUAGUAUCCCGUUCAGGCAACGAGUCGGUAUGGAACAGCCGACCAAUGUGGACAGUGACGUUGAUAUGGGCGAUGACGACAACUUCACCAUGGUCAUUCCAAAUCUCGCACGCCCUGCAGACCACCCUGCCCUGCGUAGUCCUCCAAAACCCAGCCCUUCACCCGGCCGGUUAGCCGCCGAUAGUCCUCGACUGGGCGCACUCAAGAGUCCUAGGUCCAUGGGAGACAUUGGUACAGCCCUGGGUACGCGCAGCCCUCGUAUGAGGUCGCCGGAUCGCCCCAGCACGCGCGGCACUGAUACACAAGAGGAGGUCCAGGUCUACGAAGAUCCAUUCGUUGGCGAUGAGCCUGUCAGUUCAUCACAGGACUCGGGCAAGCCCGUAUUGGAAGAGCUGCCACUGAAUGAGAAGAGCAUUGACCGCAGACAGAGCACAGAGAGUUCUGACAGCAACACGAUCAUGGGCAAUGGCUCAGAAGAGCAGUUCCGGGGCCAUCACAAGACGACUUCCACCGGAAGCGUAAUGCAUUCGGAGUCGACUGAAAGCAACCGCGCUGAAGUCAUGAAGAACAAGCAGCUACUUGUGAGCGGGAUCAACAAGAUCAGGACCCGCACUGUCGAGGCACACAUGUUCCGCCGCCUCCAGGACAUGAUCAAGUCUAACCAGGACAUCUGGGGGAUUGAUGAUGAGAAGUUUGGCGAGCUGCUUUUGGCAUCGCUCGAGUACCUUGAGGCGCCGGCUGAGUCGCUGAAGACGUCUGCGAUGAAGGCAGCUAAUCUGAAGGUCCAAGCCCUAGCGACCAUCCGCGCCAUGCUGUCACUGUACCGUAAGGAGACGGCUCGAUACUUCUCGCGUGUCCUCUGCUCGGUCCUACGAACGAAAGGGCAAUAUGAGAACACAUCUCACAUCGCCAUCGACCUCGAGGCAACCGCAGACGAGAUUGUCAAGUACGGCCAGACAUCCGACUGUCUCGACGCUGUCCUCCUCCUCGUAGAGGAAGCACCCAUAUCCACCCCAACCUCCUCUCCCAAGUCCAAAUCCUCCGAGAAUUCCGUCGCCCCCGUCUCCAACCGCACCAUGACGAUGGCCCUCACCACGCUCUCCACCCUGAUCCAAAUCUCCGGCGCAAAGAACGUCGCACUCACGCCCGAACAGACCGCCCGCCUAGGCAAGCUCGCCGUCCGCUGCCUCGAAGACACCGACCCAGACGUCCGCAAGGCCGAUGUUGAAGUCUGCGUCUCGCUGCACGAGAGGAUCGGCGGCGAGAAGGAGGCAUUCUGGAAGGCGGUCGCGGGCGCCAGAGAACAGCACUUGAACCUUCUGACAUACUAUCUUGCAAAGAGAAUGAGGGCGUGAAGAAGCAUGUCCCGCCUUCAACAUUGCAUUUUGUUUUUGCUUCUUCUUUUACUUCUGAUUCUGGGGGGCCGGGCGCUUGUUUUUUCUU